UUCGGCUGCAGCUCCUCCUCUUGAUUACUCUGCAAAACCAUUUGCAUUAUAAUCAUGUCCUUGACAUGGACCUUAUUUGCAGUCCUCUUUGCUCUUCUCUUCUUCCUGCAAUCUUUGAAACGGCCAACAAGUUCAAAGACUAAAAGGUUGCCUCCAGGGCCAAAAGGGUUCCCUAUUUUCGGAAGCCUUCAUUUGGUAGGCAAGUUUCCCCCCAGAGAUUUCUAUGAGCUUGCCAAAAAACAUGGCUCCAUCAUGUUCUUGCGUUUAGGCUUGAUUCCGACUGUUGUAGUUUCAUCGCCUCAGGCUGCUGAACAGUUCUUGAAGACUCAUGAUCUUAACUUUGCCAGCAGGCCUCCUGUUGACACUCUAAAGCACAUUGCUUAUGGGCAAAGAAACAUGGCGUUUUCUCCUUAUGGAUCUUACUGGCGAACCAUGAGGAAGAUUUGCACGCUGGAGCUUCUCAGCAGGAACAAGAUUGUUGCAAACCAGGGCAUGAGAAAGGAAGAGCUUGAGCUCAUGAUUGAGGGCAUAAAAGAGGCUGCUGAUGCGGGUGUUGCUGUUGAUCUUACUGCCAAGGUGACGUCUGUCAGUGCAGACUUGACUUGCAGAAUGGUGUUUGGGAAGAAAUAUGCAGAUGUGGAGUUCGAUGAGAGAGGAUUUAACUUGGUGUUUCAAGAGGGGGUGAAAUUGGCAGCCAUUUUUAACCUGGGUGAUUACAUUCCUCGGAUUGCUUCUCUUGAUCUCCAGGGCCUGACUAAGCGAGCCAAGGCUGUUGCCAAGGUGUUCGAUGACUUCUUUGAAAAGGUUAUUGAUGAGCAUGUUCAAUCCAAGGAUGAAAAUAGAACAAAGGACUUCGUUGAUGUAAUGCUGAGUUUCAUGGGGUCACAAGAAACUGAACACAAAAUUGAAAGAGACCACGUCAAAGCCAUACUCUUGGAUAUGCUUGUAGCUGCAGUAGAUCCUUCAGCUUUAGCCAUUGGAUGGACACUUUCGGAACUUUUCAAGCAUCCAGAGGUGAUGAAGAGAGCACAAAAAGAGUUAGAAAAUGUUGUGGGAUUAGACAGGAUGGUUGAAGAAUCAGAUUUGGAGAACCUGGAAUACUUAGACAUGAUUAUGAAGGAAGCCUUGAGGCUCCAUCCUGUAUCACCUCUAAUCCCUUAUGAAUCCGCAGAAGAUUGCACCAUAGAUGGCUAUUACAUACCAAAAAAGUCCCGUGUCUACAUAAAUGUAUGGGCAAUCGGAAGAGAUUCCGAAGCCUGGACUGAUUCUGAGAAGUUUUUCCCAGAAAGGUUUGUCGGGAGCGAUAUCGAUCUUCGUGGCCGCCACUUUCAGCUUCUCUCAUUUGGAUCCGGCCGGCGAAUCUGCCCUGGAAUGCAACUGGGACUCAUAGUAUUGAAGCUAGUGUUAGCACAACUUCUACAUUGCUUUGAUUGGAAGCUUCCCAAUGGAAUGUUGCCAAGUGAAUUGGACAUGACUGAGGUGUUUGGCCUUGCAAUGCAUAGAGCAAAUAAUCUUGUGGGCAUUCCCACUUACCGUCUGAAAAAAUAUUAAUUUGGUUUGUGUAAUUUCUGAUAAUGUUCCCAACUACUCUUCAUGCAUUUCAGAAUUGCAUUCUGCUGAAUAAUAUCUUUCCUAUGCUAAUAAAAAGCAUUCUUGAA